AUGGUAAUAGAUAUCCACCUACUAUCGCCCGCUGCUCUUCAUACAUCUACAGACCCCUCGCAGUACGCAAUUCAGCCAAUCCCAACCAUCGAAGAUUUCCAGUCACUAUGGACUGCGUGGGAUCUUGCAACCAAAACUAUGAUUGCCCGUGAAGAGCUUUUGUCCAAGCCGAUUAAGCUGCGUAAUGCGCUGAUAUUUUAUCUCGGUCACAUCCCAACAUUCUUCGGUAUGCUUUUCAAACUUCAACUCGUGUUCGAGGAUCCCACCGAGCCUAGAUAUUAUCAACAAAUCUUUGAGCGGGGGAUCGACCCAGAUGUUGAAGACCCGGAACAAUGUCAUAACCACAGUGAAAUCCCCGAUGAAUGGCCCAAGUUGGAUGAAAUAUUGGAUUAUUCGGAAAAAGUCCGAAACCGCGCGCAAUCGAUUCUAGAGGAAGGAUCUGCACAACAAGACAGAACUCUCGGAGAGGCUCUUUGGAUUGGCUUUGAACAUGAAGCCAUGCACCUGGAGACCUUCCUCUACAUGCUACUUCAGAGCGACAAGAGCUUACCACCUACGGGAGUUCCACGUCCAGAUUUUGAGGAUAUCAGUCGAAAGGCCAAAAUGAACGAGAAACCAAACAAGUGGUUCAGUAUUCCGGCACAAACGCUGACAAUUGGUUUGGAUGAUUGCGACGAAGAGAUCAUGCCCAAGAGCUCUUUCGGUUGGGACAAUGAGAAGCCUCAAAGAAUGGUCAAUGUACAUGCCUUUGAAGCCCAAGCACGACCCAUCACCAACGGCGAAUAUGCAAAAUAUCUGCAAGCUCAUAAUCUCCAGACACUCCCUGCAUCUUGGGUGCUGAUCCCAGGGCCAGACAAUCCCAUUUCGAAUGGAAUUGGCAACUCAACUGCUCAAGCUGGAUCGAGCUCUGACACGAUGGGGCUUUCCAUGGACAGGAUUGCUGUGCGAACAGUAUUUGGGCCGGUAGCUUUGAAGUAUGCACAGGACUGGCCGCUGAGUGCCUCGUAUGACGAACUCGCGACCUAUGCAGAUUGGAUGAGCUGCAGGAUCCCGACCUUUGAGGAGGCCAAGAGCAUUUAUCAGCACGCCGAGAAUACUCAGGGUUGUCAAGCUACGAAUGGCCACAUCAAUGGGACCAAUGGGACCAAUGGGUCGUAUUCCCAUGAUUUGAAACCCCGUUUCACUGACCAGGGACUCUUCCGUGAUCUCAAGGGCUGCAAUGUGGGAUUCAAGAACUGGCACCCUAUUCCAGUUACUCCCAAUGGUGACAAGUUAGCUCGUCAAGGGGACAUGGGAGGUGUUUGGGAAUGGACUAGCACAUCAUUAACGCCACACAAGGGAUUCAAGUCAAUGGAGAUUUACCCUGGAUAUACAUCGGACUUUUUCGAUGGCAAGCACAAUGUUAUGCUCGGAGGCUCCUGGGCCACGUUGCCCCGCAUCGCUGGCCGGAGUAGUUUGUGA